AUGAGCGACAGUGCAGCCGCCGAAACGGCUCCUCCAGCCUCCGAUCCCACCAAAGCCAAGGCUCCCAAGAAGAAGGCGGCGGCUCCCAGGGAAAAAAAAACACCCGGUCCCGGGUUGGGAGAGCUGAUUCUGAAGGUUGUCGGAGAUUUCAAGGAUCUCAAAGGGGCGUCUCUGUCCGCUGUAAAGAAGGCGCUGGAGAGAAGCGGGAUCGAUGUGGGAAAGCGAAAGGCACAGAUCAAGAUGAGUAUCAGGAGGUGCCUGCCGAACGGCUCCCUUGUUCUGGUCAAGGGCCAGGGCGUCUCCGGCUCCUUCAAACUCCCAAAGAAUCCAGUCAUGGCAAAAGCGGGAAAGAAGGCGGGAACAUCAGCGGCCGCCAAGAAACCGGCCGUGAAGAAAUCACCGGCCAAGAAGGUGACAGCAAAGAAAUCCCAGGCCAAGAAAGCGACAGUCAAGAAAUCCCCAGCCAAGAAAGCGACAGCCAAGAAGUCCCGACCAAGAAAGCGACAGCCAAGAAAUCCCAGGCCAAGAAAGCGACAGUCAAGAAAUCCCCAGCCAAGAACGCGAUCGGCAAGAGGACGGCACCGCGAAAGAAAGCGGUGA